UGCAGCCGAGAUCUGAUGGCGCGGCUUUUCGAAGGCGUCAGGAGCAAGCUCGCAAAUGCCGCGCGAUCCUGUCAUUCGGCGAAUUGGUUGUCGUUGCUGCAGCAUGGCGCUUCUGCAGAAGGCGUCAGAGCUCAAGAAAGUCCGAAAGGACUUCGAGCAUUUCGAUGAGUAUGAGUAUCAUGAAAUCGCAAAGGUUCUCGAGGUGGACGACCGGCUGAGGCCCAUCAAGGAGCUGGUCAAACGUGAGGAGGUGCGCAUCAUCACCAUCUGCUCUGUGUGGCAUCUGCUUUCUUCUCGUGUGUGUGGUUUGGAUGCAUUGUCAUCUCCUGCAGUUGGAUGGCGAGAAGCUGCUCAAGAUGUCCAUGUAAGAUCAGAUCUCAUGCACCGGCCAGGGCGCCCAUGUGUAUGGCCGUCGAUGUUUGCACCCACAUAUGCCCGUGCCCUUCUCUCUGCCGUUCAGCGAUGAGGUGUUUGGCAGCAUCGCAGACAAAUCGAUAGGAUACUCAGAGGAGGACAGGUACGCCCAUCCACCCAACACACAACACACAACACACACCUGACGCAUUCUUGUGUCGUCAGGACGUGCUAUGAGGAGCUGAUGUCAGAGAUCAAUGCCCGCAUAUCGCACGCCCGCGGAGAGCAGCGCAACAACGACGAAGGAGAAGAAGAAGCGGAGGAGGAGCCCGCCUCGCCCAAACGCAAGGUGAGCCCCGCCGCCCGCACCUCCGCCCCACCACGACACACACACAACAUACGCUUUGCCCAUCCAUCCAUCCAUCCAUCCAUCUAUUCAUCCUUCAGUCGCCGGCCCGCCGCGCCAAGGCCAAGAAGAAGGGCAAGAAGCGACGCAACGACCACAACGACGGUCAAGAAGGGCCGGAGGGGGUUGAGGGUGCUGCGAGGGAGGUGCGUGUCAAGGUAGAGGAUGAGGAUGGCGGUGCUGGCGAGGGGGAGGCGGCAAUGGGGGAGGAGGGAGGGGAUGGAGACCCAGCCGAGGAGGAGCAGCCACAGCCACCACCCAAGAAGAAGAAACAGAGUAAUAAGAAGACAAAGUGUGUGUGUGUGCCAAACACGCACACUUGUGUCUGCCUUGUCAGGUCGCAAGCGCACCCCUUCCCCUGCCGGCGGCGCCAAAGCCAAAGCCAAGGCCAAGGCCAAAGGACGAGCCAAACCAGACACACGAGGUACACACACGACACGACACACGGAGACCGGCACGCGCCACACCAAUAGCUUGUCUGUCUUUUGGGCAGGUGGUGGUGGUGCUGACGGGGCGGACCGCACUCCCGACGCUGAUGAGGACUGCGCCGACCAGGACGGCGACGGCACCCCCGAGCACCGCCAGAAACGCCGCUCAGGCCGCCCGCUACUCUCCAUGGACCGGGUAGGGUACCCACACACAACUAACACCCUCUCUCCACACACGCAGCCCAUCUCCUCUCCUUCUCAUGCAUCAGGUCAAGAAGCCCCGUGCUGCCCCCCUGGGCCCCUCCGAGGACCUCCCGCCCCGCGGUGGUCGCACACGCCCCCAGCGCAACGCAGCCAAGAGGAAGCCACAGCCAUCCCCAGAGGCGCCGCAGCCAGCAGCAGGCCGCAAAGCUAAUCCCAAAGCCAAGGCCAAACCCAAGGCCAAGAGUGUGCGCGUCAAGCAGGAGGAUGGGGAGGGGGACGAGGGGGGCGAGGGGGGCGGGGAGGGAGAGGGUGAGGGUGAGGGUGGUGGCGAUGGGGGUGUAGGUGUAGCUGUUGGUACGGUUGAUCGUGUGCUGCGUCCGCGGUCGCGUGUGGUGCAUUCGGUGCCUGUCGCCAAGAACAAGGUGGACAAGCCCAAGAGGAAGAGGAGGGGCAAAUCGGAGCAACCAAACGAUGACAUACCCGACCAGGUCAGAGUCAGACCCGCCACCACCACCACCACCACCACCAAAACACACACACGUGCCCCCCCCUCUCUCCCUCUCUCUUUCUCUGUCUUGUCAGGACGCCAUUGCAGAGGAGAUAUUGGGCGGCAAGCGCAGCAAGCGGUACGGCAUCUCAUAUUCGGGCGCCAAGGACAGCGAGCGUGCGGGCCACGACUGGGUGCGGCAGCUGGCCGGGAGCAUCUUCCACCCCUACGCCAUGAGCUUCAUCCACCUCAACAAGGGCGACGACGAGAGCGAGAGGGCCAAGAAGCUGCAGCGCAUCACGCACCUGGUGCUGCACGAGGACCAGAAGGCCAGGGCCACCAUCAAGGUCAGAUGGAGAGAGAGAGAGAGAGAGAGAAGGAUGGAGAGAGGGACCGGUGGCCCCAUUCUGUGUGCGCGUGUGUGUGUGUGUGUGUUUAUGGGUGUGUGCAGAUACUGUAUGCGUUGGUGACCAAGGCCUACAUUCUCAACGAGAGUUUCCUCGAGGCCGCCACCUCUGAGACCAAGUGGCCUUCGGAAGAAGACCACGAGGUGGGCGAGAGACAACUUUCCAACACUCCACAUACACACACACACACACACACACGAAGGCACUGUAUGCCAUCCAUCCAUCCAUCCAUGGGUGUGGUGUGGUGUGUGGGCAGAGCGAGUACUGGCCGACGGUCGCCAAGCGCAAGGAGAACCCCCUGUUCAAGACGAUGCGCUUCUGCCUGCCCAAGGAGCUCGAGUUCGCCACCCCAACCAGAGAUGACUUCGCGUUCCUGGUACACACACACGCACACACGCGCACACGCGCACACGCGCACACGCACAGCAGACGGCACGGUUGUGUGUGUGGCUGUGUUCAGAUACGUUCGUGUGGCGGCGUGAUGACUUCCAUCGACACAUCCAGCGACUUCGUCAUCGUACCUGGUCGCCCCACACACGAAACGACGCUCAGUGACGCUCAGCUCUCUCACCACAUGUCCGUGUGAGUGUGUUGUGUUGUGUGUGUCAGCCGAGACAGAUAGCCGCACUGCGUACAUGAAGUGUGCCGGUAGCUUCAAGGUGCUGCAGAGCGUCCAGAAAAUGGGCGGCUCGGAGGAAUUCGUGUAAGAGACGGGAGAGACACCAACGACACGACACGCGCAAAAAAAGUGAACAUGGCGUUGCCUAUCCUUCCAUCCAUUUGUCUGCAGAGAGACCAAGUUUGUGACGCCCGAGUGGGUCACGGAGUGCAUCAAGUACCAAGAGAAAGAGAGCCAACACACCGCCCACCUGCCAUUCACGUCUCCUUGUGUGUGGGUGUGUUUAGGCGUUGGGAGGUGUUGGAGGUCGACGGCGAGUACGAGGCCUUCAGCAUGGCCCAUCUCGACGCCUAUCAAGAGGAGAGACGAUACCAGCAGCUGCAAAACGAGUAUCGCAGUGCCUGCCUGCGCAAGCCGCCGAAUAUGGACGGCCGCGACCACCCGAUGGCCGUCAAACAAGAAGACGACCAACACGACCAAGAUGAUGAUGACCACGGUGCGUGUGCCUUUGAGCCGUGCAGCCAAACCCCUCCCUUUCCCCUUUUUCCCUCUGUGUGCCGGUCCGUCGACAGAUAUGGUGGCGGAUCCAGCUGCAGCAGCAGCGGCGGCGGCGGCACCAGCCGCCGGCCAGGACGACAACGCCCCUAUGGACGACCAACACGAGAAUGGCGAUGAGGAAGAGGAGGAGGAGGAGGAGGAGGAGGAGGAGGUGACCCCCAACAGCCAUGACCCGAUGGACGCCGACCAGCACGACAACCACAACAAUGGAGGCGCUGCUGCUGGUGCGGGUGAGAAUCGCGAUGGCAGCUUCGCCGACGCCAGGGAGGAUGUGAGCGGGGACCAGUCGCCCGCUGGCGGGGACCAGUCGCCCGCAUAUUGAUGGUUGGAUGGCAGCGCAGCUUGUUGGCGAGUGGCGGACAGACCGACAGACAGAGACAGAGACAGAUGGUGGAUGGAACGACUCUCGGUGUGUCCUGUGUGCGCUGCGUGGUCCGUGACAUGACAAAGCCAUGUGCGUGCGAUGCGUUCGUUCAUGUAUUCAACCACUCAGUCAUGGUCACACACAGCUGAUGUCAUAUGUCUCUCUCAAACAAGCUUAUGCAUGCCUUUCUUCCAUCGGGGGGGGAUACAUAUCACGACGACACGACAGAGCUUCAACAAAGCAAGCGGCCCAACUAUCUACGCCGAAGAGGGGGCUUUGGCGUGGCUGGCUGAUAAAGGAGAGGAUAGCUAUCUACACACAGAUGCAACACAAUUCUACUCCAUGUUUUGUUUGUGUGAUGGAUGCAAAGACCCAAAAAUCGUUAAUUCACAACGAAGGAG